UGUCGCCACUUCUUAAAUCCCUGGUUCUUCCGCAUUUCCGGCCGCCAUCGCCACACAGAGAGAGAGAGAGAGAGAGAGAGAGGGAGGGAGAGAGAGAGAGAUGGACACGUUCUACAUAUCUCACGGGUCGCCGAUGCUGUCGAUUGACGAAGGGGUUCCGGCGAGGAAGUUUCUGCAGUCAUGGAGGGAGAAGGUGAUGCCCGGGCAGAGGCCCAAAGCCAUUCUGGUCAUCUCCGGCCAUUGGGAGACAGCCGAGCCCUGCGUCAACGUCAUCUCCACCACCAAUGCUACCAUCUAUGAUUUCUACGGCUUCCCCAAGCCCAUGUACCAGCUGAAGUACCCUGCACCAGGCGCACCAGAGCUGGCGAUGCGAGUGAAGGAGUUGCUUGAGGUUGCAGGUUUCAAGAAAGUGAAAGAGGAGAGGAGCAGGGGACUGGAUCAUGGUGCAUGGGUGCCGCUGAUGCUGAUGUACCCGGAUGCCGAUAUACCCGUAUGCCAACUCUCCAUUCAGCUUCAUAAGGAUGCGCAGUAUCACUACAACAUGGGCAAAGCGUUGAGCCCGCUGAAGGAGGAAGGUGUAUUGAUCAUGGGGUCAGGAAGUGCCACCCACAACCUGAGGACCAUGGGUCCUGAUGGUGCACCUCCACCCAAGUGGGCGUUGGAUUUUGAUACAUGGCUGAAGGACAGUCUCCUCAAUGCAAGGUAUGAAGAUGUUAACGACUAUCUGAACAAGGCGCCGUAUGCAAAAAUGGCGCAUCCUUGGCCUGACCAUUUUUACCCGCUGCAUGUGGCGAUGGGUGCUGCUGGUGAGGGAGCCAAAGCUGAACUUGUGCACCAUAGUUGGACUAAUGGCACCAUGUCUUAUGCUUCCUACAGAUUCACCUCCUGUAAGUGAACUAAAACGAGGGUGUAAAUAGGUGAAGGGCUUCGCUUGGGUUCUGUUUUUCUUGUAUGAAAUGUAUGUAGCUGAUAGAUUGGUUCUGUUGUUCUUGUAUGAAAUGUAUGUAGCUGAUAGAUUGGUUCUGUUCUUGUAUGAAACGUAUGUAGCUGAUAGAUUGGUUCUGUUCUUGUAUGAAACGUAUGUAGCUGAUAGAUUGGUUCUGUUCUUGUAUGAAACGUACCUUAGAAUCUCCA